UCUGUCCUGAGCUAAACUUAGCCCUGACUGUACCGCUCCUCAUCACAACAUACUCUGCAGACCACACCGGGUUACAAUGGCUGGUGUCGUGUUACCACAGAUGCUGCUGUAUCUCACCAGCGACGCCAGACAAACAAGCAUGUGUUGCACAUUUGUUCAGUGCUGUGGCAUGAGAGACACAGCUGCCUCUGCUGCUCCCCCUACUUUGAUAAAGACUUAUCUCAGUUUAAAACGCACACCGGAGUAGCUGUCUUAUUAUGAGGUAAUAGUGAAACAAUAAUUACUGUUUUUCACUUUGUAAGGUGUAGCAUGACGUGAGAGUGUACUGAGCCAGUGUCUGUUGAUGUCUCCUCCACUGACCAAUGCUCCAAUCUGUCAUUUGUAGAUGUAGACUUUAAGACUCUGCAGGUUUGUCUGUCUUUCACUCUCUGCACUUGUAUUCCUCUCUGUCGCGAUGGGCAGCUAUAGCUCAGCCCUCAUUCCUGGUAAGCCUCGUAACUGACUCGUCUGUUGCAACAUGAUUUGAAACACAGCCGUGCAUGUUCAAAGGGUUGAAUGUUAACACUGGCUUAGGGGUCAGAAAAAUGUAGAUUUGUUGCUGUGAAAAUGGCCAGAGACGGGUUUGAAUUAGCUGUGGGUUUUAACACUUCUUCUCUGUUUCUCUCGAAGAGACUGAAGAAUUUGAGUCAAUUGUGUCGAUCACGGAGAAGCUGAAUGAGCAGGUAGCUCAUGCUGCAGAUGAGAGGUUACAGUCAGAGCUUCACACUCUGGGAAGUAUAUCCACUUUUAACAACAGUUUAGAGUGCACCACCACUAUAACUUGGGUCACUGCUUGAGAAGGAGUGCGUAGUCUGGUCUGUUUGUGUCCCAUCUGUCCUUGGGAUAAAUUUAACCUUUCUAAGCUGCCUCAUACACACACAACCACACCAUACAGCAGUGGAAGAAAACUACUGUCACUCCUUACAUGAAAGGUUAGAAGAUACUUGCUCUGUGAUGAAUAUAAACUAGAUUUUCUGAAUUUUACUGACCUAAAGGCCAUGUUGACUGUUCGAGGACACCAAACUUUUCUUUUCUUUUGGCACUACCAAUAGGUGAAAUAACCUUUAAAUGUAUAUUACUUAUCAGAUGUCUCAAACUAGACUUAACUUACAGGUAAAUCUGAUGAUGGAGGAGAAAAGAAAAGAAAACCAGCGUGAAGAGCUGAAUUCUUCGACACAGGAAACGAGUCAAAAUGGGCCAGCCCCGCCUGCAGCAAUACCCAAAAACGCGUCGACGAAUUCCUUCUCCUCUGUGUUACCAAAGGCUCUCUCGGCCGUGCUACACCCAACGCCGCCCACAGUCCUCAACCCCGACCCCCCGCGCAGCAGAGAUCCAGCCAAACAGACGUCACUGAACCUGGAACAGCUGCAGACAGAGCUGAGAGACCUGAGGGACCAGUUAGAUCAGAUGAAGAGUCAGCACAACAAAGAAAUUAAGCUGCUGAUGAAUGAGCUCGAUGAGGAGAAAAGGAUUCGCUUGACUUUACAGAUGGAGAUUCAACGUAUGAAGAAGCACAUGUCCAAAUGAGUGGAGUAGAGAACUUCACUACCAUCAAAAACAAGGUCCUGUUGUACACUUGUCUGAUACAUGGUGUGGAUGUUUGAUAUGGAUGUUGUUUUUUUUUAAAUCAUCCAUAAUCCUUUUUGAUGAAAAGUUAUCUUUUUAGAAAAACAUCUCUCUGAGGCAACAUUUUUAUUUACGUUUUUGUUGGACUUUUGUGGACUCUGCUGCCCAAGACUGUUUUUACUGAGUCAUUGCUGAAAGCACAGAUGUGAAGGACAGAGCGAGGAGACCUGAGCCUGCAAGGAAACAUGAUCCCACUGAGAGGAGUGUCUGUUGAGCAGUGCAAGGCCUCGUUAUACAAUCAAUUUGUUUGAUUUAUUUGUGUGGAACGACUCUGGCAUCUACAACAUCCUGUGGGGGGGACUUUUUUUUCUGAAGUUUACUGAGGCUGGUUGUGUUUUGGAGAUCAUCUAAGUGAUUUUCAAUAAUUUUUACUUUAUCUAAAAGGGUAGAAAGUAUAUGACGGUGAAACAGGAGUAGCCAGCAGUUAAUCUGCAACCAUAUGAGCUGAGUUUUCUUUUGUUUAUAAUAAUGUGAGUGGAGACACAAACAUGAAGCUUCUGUCAUAUUGUAGGAGAAUAUAGUUUUCAGAAAUGUUAUGGUUUGCCUUUUGAUUGUUCGGAAGAUUGAUCAAGCUGUCAGUUAAUUUGUCUGUUGUUGAUGUGCAGCGUUAUGAACUUAUUAAAGAUGUUGGACAUUUU